AUGGUCAAGGCAGAUUACAAGCGUGACUAUUAUGCAGACUUGGAUCUACCUAGUACUGCCGAUUCGGAAGUUAUCAAGAAGAGGUUUCGAGAGCUAGCAAAGCAAUAUCAUCCUGAUCGAAACCCUGGUCGAGAGCUCGAUGUCGUUCCCAAGUUUCAGGCAAUUCAGGCAGCGCAUGAGAUAUUAGGAGAUCCCAUGCAAAAGGCGAAAUAUGAUUCAGAAAGAGCAAAAUUGAGGGCUACAGAUUCACCCUUAUUCAAGAAACCACCAACACCACGAAGGACAGACUCAGCUUAUCAGAAUGGUGCUUUUCCUCCACGACGAGAUGCGAGUACAAACAGAUAUGCUCCUCAAGCCACGAGACCACGACCUAAUUCUGCUUCUGCUUCUACAGCUGACAAGUUUGCACAAUUUGCAAGAGCUGCGCCACAACAAUGGGAUCGAUCCAAGUUCGAACAGGCUGCAAGAGAUGAGGGUUUGAGAGGAAUGAAUGCUAUGAGAGGGAGUCACGCUCAGACAUCUCCACUACGAACACGACAUCCUACUGCUUCGAGACCUGAUCCAUAUUCUGAUUCUCCUGGUUUUCCUGGACUGAAUAGGACGACUAGCUCGAGACGAUAUACUCCUGGAGAUUCUGCUUAUGCUCAUGUCUAUGGAUCCGAUCGACCUUCAAGUACGGCACCAUUCAAUCAUGACCCAAAUUCGAGAGUUCGUGAAUCGCUGAGUCCUCUCCGACAGACAAAAUCUUUUCAUACUGACGACUCACAUCUAAGGCCAGGUUUGGCUAGAAAUCCAAGUCGAUAUGCUCAGACCAGCGGAGAAAGGAUUAAUGUCAAUACAACUAAUGUCGGUCGAUCUGCAAGUGUUCGAGUUUCACCAGUAGAUAAGGUCUGGGAGGAUAGAGAACAAGGACCAUUUGGCAACCAAAGAUCGCCCAAUGAAAGAGCACCACGACCAAGACAUAGAAGUCAUAGUCCCAAGGCAAGGUAUGAAUAUGCUUCCGAAACUUCUAGCGACGAAGACGACAUUCCACCACCACAGGACAGGAAGAAAGCGUCAUUACGAAGACCACAUACUCAUGCGCCGAAUAGCAACAGUCCAGGUUUGACAGAUUACUUCCCGAAGAACAACUAUACUCGUAUUGUCGAGGAAGAUGCCGAUACUUACAACUAUCCAGCACCAGACAAUAAGGGACCACCUACUCGAAGACCAUUUGCAUACGUUUCUUCUCCUGCUGACGAACCUGCAUCGAGUGUUGACGAAACGACGUCCGGGGCUCCGAGUGAGGAGGAUGCAAGGAAAAAGUAUGUAUACCCUGGAGAAUGGCCCAAUAGCUACCCGAACAUUGAGAGGUUACCGACUAUCCAUGAGGAUACUUUCCCUUCUUACAGAUUUGACAUGUCGCCGCUGCGAGGCUCAAAUAUAGCUAACGUUUACUGUAGUGACGAAGCUCAAUCUGCGAAAUUCUCAGCGGAGAGAUGGCAUGAACAUUUUGAAAAUCAUGCAGAUCUGCUACAUCCUCCCGAAUCGAUUUCACGAAAGUCGCCUACAAAACCAUUUCGUACUUCUCAAAGGGGUCAAACUCGUGGGUUUGUGGGUGUUGACACGGGCGUCAGGUAUUUUGACCCUUCAGACAAAGGUGCUGCUUUCCAGCCAGGCAAGCUUGCCCCGGACUUUGCGAGUCAGGUAAAUGGUGCUCGACGGAGUUCCAGAUCUGAACAGCCAUCUUCGAACGGGACAGCUUCAGAUGAGAUGGACGUGGACUCACCUGCGCCGGCAAGUACUGAAUCACCUGCUGCAUCAGAGGCACCAUACAAUGUUACUGUCGAAGAGGAAACAUCACCAGCAUCAGAAAAGUCACCUCGACAACAUACUCAUCGUCACCACUCUGAUCCUCAUGGCCGAACUAACGGUUUCAACCUUACUGACCUCGAAUCAACCAUCCAGCCCAAAACGGGCUUGAAAGAUCUUAAUUCUCUCAGCGAUACACUUCCAUUCACAUCUCGUCCAGCGCCAGGUCUCGAAACUUUCCCAUCCUCUGCUCUCCGAGACCUCAACCUUCCUCGGCCUCCUAAGUCACCUUAUUGUCCUGUCGACGCUGAAAUCUCGCAGGGCACGUGGGAUCGCUUCGGUGCCGCUAUGACGACUUACAUGCAUGAAUGGAACAAGUUUAAUGCUGCUAUGAUCGAGCAUUUUCGUGCUAGACAGGAAGUGAUAAGUCAUGGCAUGUAUAGGAAUUGGGUCUGUGCGCAGGGUGAUGGUGCAAGUGCUGAGAGCUUUGAAGCAAGUAAAGGUAAAGAAAUGGCUGGGUAUGCAACGUAUAUGGCUUGGUUGGAGGAUGACAGAAAGUGUCGAGCAUGGUGGGAUGUGGCGUUUGAAGACCAUAGAGUUUGUAUGGAAGGACUGGGUAGGGUCAGGAGGCGGGUGAAAGAGUUAAAUUCGCAGGGAGUAUGA